GCCUGCCGAGGUUGAGUCAAUUGAGAAAUUUUUUGUGACAGUUGAAACAGAUAUUUCUUCAAAAAUUGAAUUGAAAACAGCAGUUUCUGAAAAAAUGGUUGAAGAGUCUACCUUUUUCGUUGACAAGACGGUGACAACAACCGAUAUGGAGACUCUUGAAGAGGCUGCAGUUUUUAAGCAUCAAGCUGCUGAGGUUAUCACAGAAGGAGUUGAAACGACUGUUUUCGAUAAAUAUACAGACAAGAUUUCACUUGCUCUUGAUUCUCAAUCGAAAGAUGAUGAUUCGACAGAAGUAGAACAAGUAACAGAAGUUGUUGAAACGUUUGUGACUACUAUAACUCAAAUUAAACCUGAUCAGCAGACAAUUGAAGAACAGAAGUCUUUGCUUGCCGUCUUAGGUGAUGCUGAAGAGCAGUUCGAAGAGAUCACUGAAGUUGUUCGAACAACUGUGACUGCAAUAACUGAUUCUAGAGCCGAUGCUAAGACAGCUGAAGCAAAGAUCUCCUCUUCAAAUAUUGUGUUGGAAACAGCAGUUUCUGAUCAAAUUGUUGAAGAGAUUACCUCUGAAGUUGACAAGACGGUGACAACUACAGUAGUCCAGUCAAUUUCAGACGAAGAGACGGCAGCUGUUAAGCAACAAACAUUUGAGUCUAUUACAGAAGUUGUUGAAACGACUGUGACUUCUACAUCUGAAGCUAUUCUCGAUGAACACACAGACGUAGAGCACAAGGCUUCAACUGCUAUUGAUUCUCGUUUCAAAGAUGUUGACUCAACAAAAAUCGAAGAAGUAACCGAAAUUGUUGAAACAACUGUGACUACAUGCACUCACACUAGACCUGAUGAGGAGAUAAUUGAAGAAAAGCAGCCUUCGCUUGACGUCGUGGAAGACGUUGAAGAGCAGUUCGAGGAGAUCACUGAAGUUAUUCAAACAACUGUUAAAACAAUGACUGAUUCUAGAGCCUAUGCAAAGACCUUCUCGUCAGCCUAUGAAUUAGAAACAACAACUUCUGAACAAGUGGUUGAAGAGACUACUUCUGAAGUUGAUAAGAUGGUGACAACCACAGAACUGCAGUUUAUUUCAGAUGAUGCGGUUACAGUUGUGAAGCAUCAAGCUGAUGAGUUAGUCACUGAAGUAGUUGAAACGACUGUGCUCGAUCAACAUACAGACAAAGAGCAGAAGAUUUCACUUGCUGUUGAUUCUCAAUCGAAAGACGAUGACUCAACAGGAACAGAACAAGUAACCGAAAUUGUUGAGACAACUGUGACUACUAUAAUUCAAAUUAAACCUGAUCAGCAGACAAUUGAAGAACAGAAGUCUUUGCUUGCCGUCUUAGGUGACGCUCAAGAGCAGUUCGAAGAGAUCACUGAAGUUGUUCAAACAACUGUGACUGCAAUAACUGAUUCUAGAGCCGAUGCUAAGACAAAUGAAGCAAAGAUCUCCUCUUCAAAUAUUGUAUUGGAAACAGCAGUUUCUGAACAAAUUGUUGAAGAAAUUACCUCUGAAGUUGACAAGACGGUGGCAACCACAGAAGUGAAAUCAAUUUUAGACGAAGAGAGGGCUUUUGUUAAGCAACAAACAAUUGAGUCCAUCACAGGAGUUGUUGAAACGACUGUGACUACUACACCUGAAACUAUUCUCGAUGAACACACAGGCGUAGAGCAGAAGGCUUCACCUGCUGUUGAUUCUCGAUCAAAAGAUGAUGAUUUAACAGAAAUAGAGGAAGUCAUCGAAAUUGUUGAGACAACUCUGACUACAUUAACUCAAACUGAUGAGCAGACAGUUGAAAAACAGAAAUCUUUGCUUGACGUCGUAGGUGACACUCAAGAGCAGUUCGAGGAGAUCACUGAAGUUGUUCAUACAACUGUAACUGCAACAACUGAUUCUAGAGACGUUGCAAAGUCAACUGAAGGAAAGACUUCUUAUUCAGCUAGUGGAUUGGGAACAGUAGUAUCCGAAAAAACAAUGAAGACUGCUUCUGAAAUGGACAAGACUAUGACAACGAUAGAAGUGAAGUCUAUUUCAGACGAAGCGACUGCAUUUGUUGAACAACAAGCGGUCGAGUCUACCACUGAAGUUGUCGAAAUGACUGUGACAACAAUGUCUGAAACUAUGCUCGAUGAGCAAGCAGCUGUUGAUUUACAAUCACAUAAAGAUAAUUCAGAAAAUGAAGAACAUUUUACUGAAAUUGUUGAGACUACAGCGAAGACAAUGACCCUACCAAUUGAAAGCAAAACAGACAGAACCACUACUCUUGAAAAUUUAGCAAUGGCUUCCUUUGCACUAAACUUACAUUCUUAUCGAGUUAGGGAAUCCAUCGCGUUCACUAUGCUUCGGGAUGCUACGGCUGAAUCGGUUGCGCAAGAGUCUGAACACGCUUUUGACACUGACAAAAGGCAUGAUUCAGAUGUGGAGCGAAUAGAUAAGCCAGAACUUUCUGCACCAUCUGAACGUUCAGAUAUACCGGAAGAUCUAAGAAGAGAAGAAUCUCGUUUAGCGGAUACACGCAAGAGUUCACUUUCUGCCGUUGAAGGAUCUGUAUACGACGAUGAUUCGCCAUUGCUUACGGAUUUCACGACUUCUUCGAUAACGUAUGUCAGUGAACGGGUUGAUUCAUCCUCGCUUGAACUGAUGGCGGGAGAUAGCUUUGGGGAUUUCCUUAAGGUCAAACCAGCAGCAGAGAAGAAAAUCGAUGUCCUAUCUCCAAGCUCGUGUAUUUCGUAUGCCACGACGAUAAGUGAAACGAUUGACUCGUACACUCAUGAUACCGAUAGAUUGCUGUACACCGGAGGAUCCAUCCAACAGGAUGUACCGACAGAGUAUGAGCGAUCCGUUUCCUUAAGUGAUAAUGCCGCUUCCGAUUUUUCGACCGAAUCUGCCACCAAAUACAAUCUGCCUUACGACACAGAAUCCGACAGCCAUGACGUUAUGAUGGGCUUGCCAAAGCCACGCGAUGAUUCGCAGGAAACCAGACAGGUAAAGUCCUGCAAGCUAAUGUCGAUCGACCCCCGACAUGAAUCAGCAUCACCGCAAAGUGACGUUACAGAGUAUACGGAAAGUGUAUCCUAUGUAGAGUCAAUUAUUGACAGUACAAAUUAUGAUAGCGCCUUAAAACAAAAAGAGAACUUGAAGCUAGAGCAGCAGAAGCAAGAAGAGAAGAAGGAUGCUCAGGAGAAGUUGGCCCUAGUAAAGGGUCAAACCAUCCAUGAAGUAAAGGAAAAGGAGAUUCUGCUGAAGAAACAAGUAUCCGAGAAGAAGGAUACAACUCAGGUAAAGAAAAAGUCCAAACCGAAAGCUACUGUGACAAAAAUAAGCCUACAGAAGCAAACGCCAAUCGAGAUUUCGAAGCAAUCAACCAAAACCGUUGACAUCAAGUCAGGUUCAAAGAGUGUUGAGUACACUUCGAGCACAAGCCGUUCUACCACGGUAUCGCGCACACACGUUAGCACCAGAUCGCACGGAUACAUGCAAUCUACGCUCUCCCGGGACCAAAAGGUGUUGAAACCACUGAACCUUACCGAUUCUACGCAUUCUUCUCCGGUUAAGUCUUCCCAUCGGUCGACAUCUUCAACAACGGUGGUACAACCACCACCAGAGCGAAGAGCCAAAUCUUCCAGGGACACUUCCGGCAGCCGAUCCGAUAUGACUGCUUCAAAGUCCCUCAAUAAACCUGAACCAAUAAGUUCCAGCGCUGUGAAGAAACAAGAGCCUUUGCCAGUAGUGCAAAGCACUAAGCAUACUAGAGCCUCCACUGACCGUUCAGAGCGGACGGGCAGAUCGUCAUCUUCGUCCAUAUCUAGCAGUAUUUCCCGAUACCAUCGUUCCAGAAAAUCAACAACAGAACCGAUCGACAAGCAUGAACCAGUUAAGAAAUCAGACAAAGAACAAGCCAACCUCGUCACGAAGACUACAGCGAGUACGUCCAAGAGUUCGAAAGAACGUACAAACAAAAGUUUAAUUCCGGUGAAGGUUCCCAGCGCCAAGGGUUCUCCUAAGAAGGAGCCUCCCGUCAAAGCCAGCGCUGGGAAGAAACCGACCAAGACUGUCGUCGAGGACAAACCUCAAAAAACUGUGAUAGUGAUGACAACAAAGUCCUACGAUGUGUCUACCGCCAGCACCAAUAUCAUCACCGAAGCCACGCAGACACCUGCAAAGAUUGGGUUCGUCAGAACUGCGCCGCGGAUGACUAAAACCGUACACACGUCCGGUGAUUCGAAACGUGACGACACCUAUCGGUGCAAGUCCGCCAUGCACUACUCGUAUAAGGAUGCCGUCGCGUUCGAUCACGCCGAAAUUCCGUCUUCGUUGCCGUCUAGUCCGAGCCGUCUCAAUAAAAGUUCCUCCAAUAGUACAAAUGUGUUGACCAGUGAAGUCUUCACACGCACGAUCGACUCGUCGAAAUCGAUCGAAGUGAUCUACCGUCAACCGUCGACCUCGAACGAACUGAUACGCAAGAUUAACGAAUACCGCUACAAUGACAUUGACCUGACGACUGACUCUAGCCUUUCAGACUCCAUAGCACUGCCUUCGUCGUCUUCCGACCACGAAGGUGACGUCCUUGGUAAACGCAAACGCUCCGGUAGUCCAGCCUCGCCAAAACCGUACGCUACGACUUCCUCGGCGUCAUCGUCUGCUGCGACGGCGACCACCCGUAAACAGGUGGCCACUAGCUCCACUACCACCACCAGCCAGCAGAUUGUAAGCGAUCAAAGGUACCGUAAGUCGGACAUAUGGAUGCGUGCCGGUCCCCAGCCACCGGAAGUCCCCAUGCCGUUCGACGGCGACGACGAGAUCUAUCAGGCAUUGCAUGCCAUCGACCGCCGCACGGUGGCAUCACUCGACGGCAUUGUGAUGGAAAGUCGCAUCUCACCGAUACUCGACUUCCGGGCAUCCACGCCGCCACGUCUGAAGUAUAAGUUUGAUUACGAUAGUUCCCUGUUUACAGAUGACAAACAAGAAGAAGAUACACAAGCAUCGGCAAGCUUCGAAGGCGAAGAGUAUCUUAAUUUAGUACAGUCGGAAGCUAGUAACUUAGUCGAUAGCAUAUUGGAGCAGAGUGUAUCGAUCGUAAACAACUCCCAAAUGCAACCGGACGUUGCGAUCGAAACGCAGGCUCACUCGGAGAGCGAGCAAUACGCAAUCCGUAGCGAUAUCCUAUCGUCUAACGAAGCCGAUCUUGUCGUUAAGUCGCCCACCAUAGAGUCUAUGUCAGGCAAGUCUUUCGAUGAUAACAUUAGCAACCCCGACUAUGACAGUAGCGAAGCCAACCAGCAGCUAGCGCAACUAGCCGGUGUUCUGCCCACUGCUUCCUUCGGUGAGGCCACAGACGGUGCCGUACAGCCAACAGGGACCGAUGAAGAUGGACCUGUUGGCGAUGGUGGCGCCGCCGUCGAUGAAGCGGUCCGGAAAGAACGCCGAGCGAAUAAAAUAGAACGACACUUUGAGCGACUGUCGUCCGAAAUCGAGCCGGAAGCGUUGCUGGACAAAAAUCGCGAUUAUGACGAAGCCAUUUCCCAAAUCAAAGAUGAAGUUUCAAUGCUGCAGAGUGAAUUUUCGAAAAUGAGCUGGGACGAGAGUCUUUCUGCUACGACCGGUGAUUUCGGUUCCAGUACUCCCGAUCACGAUCUACAAGAAACAGAUACGCAACCACAAACAGAAAUUACCAUUCCAAAGCCAACGCCAAGAUCGCAAUCUAAUCUAACUGCUGACGUUGAUGCCUCUGCUGCAACCACUAGUGUCGCUACUACUACUUCCACCACCACUACUACUAGCUCUGCUGCUGCUGUUGCCUCCUCGCUAACAACUUCAUCCGCUCUUGCUACCAAGCCCACGGACGAAGCAUCCUUCGUGGAAACCACUGACCACGACAAACCCGGAGUUUCCGGGGACGCUAGCGAGUUCUCGAGCAGCCAGGAACCGCUUCCGGUUCCGCGACCGCGUACCAGCAUUUCUUCCCGAACAGACACCCAGACUCGAUCCAGCAUCAUCGAGUCCUUCGAUCAACCGGAGGACUCCAUCGAGCAGUACCCCGAGCCCAGCAGUCUACGGCAGGAAUCGGUCGCAUCCGAAGACUUUUCCGGUGCUGCCCAGAAAGAUUCCGUCGAGUUCGAGACAAGCGAAGAAGAUCUGUCAGCCACUAAAUUCUAUAUCGGCGAACGCAGCUCUGACGUCAUCACACGGACAACUUCCGAGAAACGAUCGGACUAUGCCUUCGAUAACAUCGGCUACGAGUAUUCGCAAGACUCCGGAGCGGACGAAGAGCCCCAGCAGGAUCCCUUCAAAGCAUACCGCGAAAAGGUCACCCAAGAAGAUUCUUUCACUCUCAAACAGCUCCAGGAAGUGGAAACCGGCACCGCUCUCGAUGAAGAAAUCAAAGCCGAAGUCAUUGAAAUCAUCGAAGGUAUCGCAGACCAAUCCAAGACCUUCGAACUUGACCUAGAAAGACGAAUCGAUGCUCCCCACCAGCCCGUAGUCCACUCCCCAAUCCAGCCACAGGUUGCUAAGCUCGUAGAAAGCGCUAAGCCAUCUACCCAGAAACCUACCGUAUUCGAAGAACCUUCGCAGCCAGAAGUCAUCAAACGCACAAUAGAUGAACUAGCCAUCGAGAAAACUUUGGAAGAAGUCAAAGAAUCCCUCGACGCCGUGCAUGAAGAACUCAUCGAAUCCGUCGUCGACGGAAAACUGAUCAAGCAGUCGCCUUCCGAGUUCGAGUUCAAAGUCCUACCAUCUACUAAAUACUCGCAAGAUCCCAUCUAUGAAGCCCAGCAAGAGGAGGUGAUCGUCAGCAGCGCAACUACAACUACUGCAGACCUUGUCGAACCGGUUACCAUAACUACCAUCAUCUCCGAACCGAUCAUCCUCACCGAAAUCAAAAACGAUUCUUUUGAACAAAAAACCUCCGACCCGGAGUCUAAGGAAACUUCCUACGAAUCUGCCCGACCGGAUGGCCUGACUCCGAUCUCUUCGGAUAGUUCCUUUGCAAAGCUGGACGUCUCACCGCGUAUGCGCAAAUCACCGCACCACCCCAAGGGCACUCGCUGGUCCGCUACCGAUAUCGAUAGUUCCGGCGAAAGCCAGUACCAAAGCUUCGAGCAAACCGACAGCAGUCGACCACAGUCUUCCGACGUGGACAACCUAAUGCAACAGUAUGUCUCAUCGGAGUACGAAACCGCCCUCGAUAACUCGAUCAUUCCUCCAUCGACAGAAUAUCACAGCGCUGCCAGUACUCUCAAUUCGUUCAACGUAAGCACGAACGACAGUCUGAAGAGUUUUGAUUCGGAAAGUUCCGGCAACCUGGCCAGCAUCGAGUCCGAAGCUACGGAAACCCUAGUCCCGUCCACGAUGGACAUUGACUUUGACUCUUCCGAUGCAGCAGCUCUUAUUCACGACGAUUCGGAGGACGACCUCCGCGAAAAGUUACUACUGGACGAUAAGGAAGACCUCUCGUCCAUAUCCGGUACCAUGCCGGUGGCGAUGAAGCGCUCACAGGAGAUGCACUUUACCGUCGAUUUAAUGGACGAUCAGCGUUCGGAAGACUCGCAGGAAGUUUUCCAGCUACAGGAAGACGUCGAAGAACAGCUGGCGCAAGAGCAAUCGGAGAAGCUGAGCUCCAGCAUCGGAAACGCGUUGGAUCUGAUGGAAUCGAUGAAGGCUUCCAGUUUGGAAGACGUCAAAACGGAAUGUAUCGACGAUAUAAAGCUCGGUACAAGUCUGGAGGACGGAAGCAUUCUGUCAAUCAGUCUGUCCAGCGCCUCCAACUUGGAAACGAUCAUGGAAAACCUUACAGACAAGGCAACCGACAGCUUCCCAACGCACAUGGAGAUCGGACUGGAUGCAAUAACGCCGAUUGCGGGAACUUCUGCGGAAAUGAUAGGGGACAUUACGUUGACGUCUUCGGUCGGCCGGGAGGGAGACGUCAACUUCCUAAACACGCAAGCUACGACGGAAAUGGCGGGAGCUAAAGAAGCUACAGAUGAAAACUCCAAGAAACGGGGACAUAAGCGUUCCGAGAGUACAAUUUCCGGUCAGCUGAUGUCGGAAAUUGCCGCAGAAGCUCGGGAUUCGUUGGAUUCCCAGGAGGAAUCUGUAUCACUCGAGGCGUCCAAGCAAUCGAGUGUGGAACGUGACGGUACGAGGGAGGAAUCUUCGGACUCUGAUUACGAUCGGUACGAAUCGGAGUACUCGAGGUCGUUCCGGGCACCGUUGAUUCAAUCUCAGAAGAAGAAAAAAGAUAAGGUGAACGAAGGGUACGAAAUUGAGGUAGAGCAUGAUAGACGCAAUUCGUUCUCGCCGUCAAGCUCGGUCAUCGAGACGAUCGUGGAGGACGUUCAUGCGGAAAUCGAACAAGGAGAUGAAGCGCAGCAGUUAAUGGAAAUUAAGAAGGAGCAGUUGCAGGAAUAUCAACAGACCUCGGCAACGAUUAUUCCGGAUAUUCAAGUAACGGAAGAUGUUCAGAUGGAAGAUUCGGAGGAAGAGCCGAUGGGGGCAUCAUACUCGGCAAAGCCGAUGGAACGCGAAACUAGUGAUCAUAAGAUUCAGUACGCUGUUCAGGAGGAGUUCAAGAUUAGUGAGGAACAAUAUCAAGAGAUGAUCGAUCAAAAGUACAAGUCCAAGAUGGCUGAUAUUACGAACAAGUUUGAUUUCGAAGCAGAUGAUAAGGAUGAUUCGGCCGGGUCGGAUUCCUUUGAGAUGCUUGAGCAACCGGAUAUUUCCGACGAGUUUGUCAUUGUUGAAGAGGUGGCUCGUGAGGCACACGAAUGUGACAUGGAAGGAAAGAGUGUAUCGAUCCAGCAGGUUAAGAUGGAGAAGAAGCACGACGAAGAGGUGGAGAAGAUGUUGGUGAAGUCAGCUCCAGCGCACACGAAUGCCGGCUCUUUGUAUGCGAAUAUGCGAGAGGACAUGAUGUAUGCAUUCGAAGACAGUCCCCCGACCGGUAGCGAGGAAGUGGAUCCAAAUGCAGUGACAAUGGAUCUGCUGAACAAUGGAUAUCCUCUGGAGGAGAGUAAGCGGUGGGUAGAGAUGCAGCUGGCAGAAACUCAGAACUACCGAUACCCGUACGACGAACGCUUGGAAGAUAUCAAGGAGGAGGAUGAAGUGGGUAGUAGCCGAAUUGGAAGCAUUAAGGAUUCAUUCUCUAGCACCCCGGACUACGAUAUGCUGGCAAAGAGACUUGCUUCCAGAGGAGGUGAGCAUGACGAUAUUUCGAUGAGCAGUUUGCAGGAAUUUGAGAGCCUCGAACAGGUAAUCUCUCUCGAGAACCGUAAAAUGCAGCAAGGAUCUCAGGAUUCUUUGAGCAACGGAAGCUUCACGAAACGGUUUUUGGCCCGUGGAGGUCAUGGUGACGAUAUUAGUCUAUCGAGUUUAAAGGAAUUCGAAGGACUGGAGACAGCUUGCUUGGAAGCACAACUGAUAGAGAUCAAGGCUAAGGAAGAGGCAGCACUGUUGUUGUCCAGAUCGGAUGAAUCUAACAAAUCGGAUAGAUCGAACGGUGUCAAGAGAAGUCCACCAACCAAUGGAACCGUGGUACGGGCAACUACUAGUAGCACAACAGUGACAUCCGGUCCGGAGCAGCAGACUACCAAGGUAGAAACCAGCUUCGUGACUAAAGGAAUGAGCAAAGAUUCGUUGUCAACUACGACUACAGCAACCACCGUUACGACCGUUUCCCAUGAAAGCCAGGUAAGACAUGCGCUGGAAGAGGAAGACACUUCACACCUGUUAACGGUGUCGAGUGAUAGUCUGGAUGGAAAUCGUAUCCAGCAACAGACCAUCAGCAAAGAUACACUUCCAUCGGCACACUCCAGCAGUGAUAGCUUGGAAAUCAACAACAAGAACAAUAUGGACUUGAUGACCAGCAGUAUUGACUCGAUUGAGUUUUCACGGGCUGGAGCGAUGACAACCCGAUCUUCGAGGUCCGAUUCGAUCGAGCAGAUAGCUUUGCAACAGCCCCCACGUAGUGACAGCACGGACUCCAUCGAGAUGCAGCACGCAGUGAUGUCUAGAGCCAGUGAGACAAAGCGUGAUUCGCUGGAAUCACUUCCGUACAGUAUCGAAAACAAGAGCACGUCCAGCAGCCCAACGAAAUCUGCUGCGGGCCAACGGAUGACUACGGAAAGUGUCAUGAUCGCCGGUUCGAGUUCAGUAAGCUACCAUCAGACGGGAAUGACCAAGGACAUCUCCAUAGAUUCCUUAACUGGUCAGGACGCGUUUUUGACCAGUACGGAAAGCCUGGAGACCAGCUCAACGGCCACUAAUGCUACCUACCAGAACGAAACCGAUUCACAGAUGUCGUCUAGUGUGACGAGCUGCGGUUCAAUAACGAUGGUCGAUACGCUGGACAACUUCGGUGACCUAGAGGGUUUCGGACUGCAGGAAAGUAUGACCUUCCAAAGCAGCAGCAGCACCACCAUGGUGACAGCAAGCACAAGCAGUUCUGGCCAGCAACAGCAGCAGCAGCAGCUGCUGCAGCAUCAACAGCAACAACAACAACAACAACAACAACAUACGACAACACAAGUGCUUCGCAGCAGUACUUCAUCGACCACUACUACCACUUCGGCAACGGCCAGCACCAGGAGCGAAUUUCCGCUAGCAGAAAUUGAACUGUUAAGUAGACAAAUGUACCCAGGGGACUUAACAUUCGAUGACGCAAAGGAGACAGCCAAAGAAAAACUACAAAGCAAAACGACUGAAAAGGAGGACUAAAUGACGACACUUCGAUCAAAUUGCGUACGUGGAGAUCAGCUGAUUUGAUUUUCAUCCGCUUUAUAUACACACACACACAGUCAGCAAACCAAAUGGCAUCCUUUUUCCAGAUAUUUAAUAAUAUUUUUACUAAAAAAAACAAACAAGGAAAACUGCAGUAAAUCAUACUGAAUCUAUUCACUUACUUAUCGUAUUUUAACAAACAAACUGCGGAAUAAUCAUGAAAUACAAUGUAAAGCUUAGCUCAAUUUUUGUUGACUCUAUAAAACCACUAAAAAUUACUGAUAAAAAAUAUAAACAAAUCGCAUAUACAACAUCCAGCAAAACAACUUAUCUCUAGCGAAACAGAAGCCCUGCAAUAAACAAAAAGAAAGUAAACACGAAUAUAAAACUAUUGACAAAAAAUCUACAACAAAUAGAGGAAUGAUGGUAAAACCUAUGCUAGAAAGAUAGAACGACAAACUGAUAGUCAUCGGACGAAAGGACGAUUGAAAUCCAAAACUAAAAAGGAUUUAUGAAUAAUUGCUUAUUCCAUAUAUUUAACAAAAGGCAAACAAGCCAUAGAAAGUGAUUUUCUCCGCAAAUAUAUGCUUUCUCUGACACAGUCAAGUCAAACGUGGAGAUUCGUAGUGAAACGUAUAUCAUUGGAGUUAUUUUAUGUUCGCUUCAAUGUUCAUUUUUGGAAGUAAAUUAGAAAAAGAAAACAAAAUUUUGUGUCAUGUGAUUAAACCUUUACCUUAAUCGAUAAGAAGCAAAACAAAAAUGAAUACAAGUGAGACAAAAAUCGUUAACUUUUUUUUUUAAAUGUUGAUUAAUGACAAAAAAAAACAUGAUGGAGAAAAACAACAACCAAACUGAUAUUUACUAGCGACAGUGAAAAAUAAGAUAAAACAGUGCGAAACGCAGUGGAAAACAGAUGAUAACACGAAAAAGAAAAAUGACAGAACAACACCUCUAGCAAACCAAGUAUUUUACAUGAUAUUUAAGAUAAACAAAACUAAUUUGAAGAUGAAAACAAAAACAGCAAGGUAAAUAUUAUUAUUGACUCGAUGUAAAAUUUGCGAAACUAUCAAAUAAAUGCUUAAUAAAAAAUUA